AUGAGCGAAAAAUUGAAUAUUGUCUAUCGACUGUUACAAGAGUUGUCUCCGUAUGUGCACAAUGCAAGGACACACUCUCCUGAACAGGUGACACAGCUGGUUGAAAGCAUUAAGCAAUUCGGCUGGACAAAUCCGGUGCUGAUUGAUGAAAAGGGUGAAAUUAUUGCGGGGCACGGGCGUGUUAUGGCGGCUGAGGCGCUCAAAAUGGAUUCGGUUCCGGUCAUUGUUCUGUCUGGUCUGACGGAUGAUCAGAAAAAGGCGUACCGCCUGGCUGAUAAUCGCCUGCCGAUGAGUGCUGGCUGGGAUGAAGAUCUGUUACGGAUGGAGCUGUCGGACCUAAUCAAUGCUGAUUUUGAUAUCUCCCUGACAGGAUUCUGCCCGACAGAAAUUGACGAACUAUUAACGGAUGUUUUGCCAGGUACAGCGAAUGAGGAUGAGCCGUACACGACGAAAAUUGAUACGCCUGUUUAUGAGCCGUCAGGGGAUGAACCGGAUAUCAGGGCAAAGCUCGGGAAAUUUGGUGUUGAGAUCCUGCUGGAGGAUAAGGCUGCCGCCCGGCGCGAACUUAUCAAGCUGAUAAUGGCGACGAAAGGAAGUUCUGCUGGUGGUGCAACUGACAGUCGCAAUGAUCUGGAGCUUGAAGGACUGAGGCUUCGCAACGAAAAGCUGCGCACUGAGAUUGAAAACCUCAAAAAAGGCGUGGGUGGUGAGAAUAACGAAAUAAUUAUCCACAACUCUCUGCCGAUGCCGGGAGUGGAUAAUGUCGAUUGA